AUGCCGCUUUAUGACGGUGUUCUGUCAGUUUUUAGGAUCAGCUUUCAUCUCAAAGUGAGAAUGACAGACUCAUCACUUCUUAACUCUGAGUUGGAGCUCCAGCAACAAGAGGAACUUUAUCAGCAACUGCUGUUACAGACAAUGGGAAAACUGCAGGCUGAAUCCAAAGUAAUACGGCCCAGUCCAGGGAUGUGUGUGAAGACUUUGUCAGAGCCAGGCAAAGAGAAAGUCUUCAUUAAUAUUUGCCAGUCAAACUCAGUGCCCCCCCCACCAGAACUCUCCAGAGAUGAACUUGUGGAACUGCUUCAGUUAGACGAUCCCAGCAGCUACAGAGUUCCCAUGAGCCUUGGCGAGCCGCACACAGAAGUAGACAACAUGAGUUUUCAUACAAACACGGGUUUCCUUGAUAUGACAGAUCCCUUAUUCCAGCAGUUUGUCAUUCUGGUGUCUGUGGAGGGUUUAGAAAAUAAAUACAGUCUGGAGCUCAGCAGAGACUGGAAGGUGUUGAAGAACAGGAAGUUCUUGGGUUCUAUUGGCGAACAGAACAUUCGGACAAAGAGCAAGCCAGUGAUCCAAGAGCUGCAGGCUGAGGAAACGUCCCAGGCAGGUGCUAAAAGAACCAGUGAACCAGAGUUUACACUGCUCGUGGAGCCUCCUGUUGGAGAGCCGGAACACCUCGUUGCUGAGAUUAAGUUGCCUAAUGUGCCGUCCUCUCGCUCUCUGGUCCUGGAUGUCGGAGAGGACCGCCUUGUGCUUGUUGCUCGACCGUCACUCUUCCAUCUCGACAUCUUCCACCCGUUCCUCGUCGACCAGGAGAACAGCGUGGCGCAGUUCAAUAAGAGCACACAGGUGCUCACUGUCACUAUGCCUGUGGUGUCCUCAGGAAAUCUCUGAAAUGCUAUCCACUUUUUUUUUUUUUCUAGAAAGCUGCUGUGAUAAUGAUUUUUUAUAAAGAAAGUUUGUUUGUGUUUGUCCCCUGUAUGACUGCAAUUUCCUUUUGUGAGAACACUAAAAUAUGACCCUUGUUGUUAAAAAGAGGCUUCCAGAAGAAAAGCAGUUGAAAAGGACUACAAAUUAUUAAUUUUUUAGCAUUGAAUUAGAUGAUAAAUCAAAACAAUUCUAAUACUUUAUUUUUUAUGCAUAUUUAUUUAUCUAAUUCAGGGGUUAAAGAGGCUCUCUAAACUGCACAAGCCUAGAUUAAAUAUGCCUCCCAAAACCCUCUAUGAAACAUGAUCCACAAGACUUCAAUUAUACCACAGCCUGUGAAAUAAACUUUUGGAGAUGACCAAUGGAAAUUGCAGUAAUUUGUUGUCUUUGCAGUAAUGAAAUAUGGCAAUACGCAGAUUACUUGUGGUAAUGGAUUAGAAAGAGCUUUCAGAGACUGGAAAAUAAUUUCUACCUGUGUCUUAACACUUUUCACUAACCCGCUAUAAGAAUAUAUAAUAAAAGAGCUUGUUUAUACUCAAAAUGAUAGAACCGAUUUCUGACUGGCUGCCAAAUAAACUAUCAUUGUUUCUAAAGAGAUACAGAAGAUUAAGGUGGAGACUUCAUACAUUGUAUCCAUGACUACGAUAAUUUCAGAUAAGAUAACCGUUGCCAUUGUCUUUUUUGGUAUGUCCUUUCUGUGAACUGCAAACAUAAACAGAUUAAGAAGUCACUAUUUCUGGAUCUGCUCCUCCCAUCCAUUUCCCUGUUGAUACUGAAAAACAAAAAGCAAGCGUACAGAGAGAUGCUCUCUCCUAGGUUGAUUUACUCCAAAGAGAAAUGAAAAACAACUAAGAAUGACUCAGAUGUUUAUGUGUUUUUGUUAUAUCUGAAAGAUACAGAAGAAUAUAACUGAUUUUCUUGAUUUACUUAAAACAUCCAUCCAUCCAUCCAUCCGUUUUCCACCGCUUAUACGGGGUCACGGGGGCAGCAGCUGAAGCAGAGAAACCCAGACUUCCCUCGCCCCCUACACUUCUGCCAGCUCCUCCGGGGGGAUCCCAAGGCGUUCCCAGGCCAGCCG